CAGCCGGAUUGUGUUCACUGAGGGAAACCUUACUUUUUAACUGUGCUAUGGAGUAGAAGCAGGAGCUUCUCACCCCAGUGACAGUCACAGAGCAGCACCUACCCCCUCCUCCUGUCCACACCUGCAAACUCUUGUUCUGGGGCUGAAUAUUUAGUGUAAUUACAUCUCAGCUUUGAGGGCUCCUGUGGCAAAUCCCCGGAUUAAAAGGUAACCUGCUUUGUGAAAAUAGAUGCGAUAAGUCAUGAAGACAACCAUUGUCCUGCUCCUGCUGGCCCAAGUGUCCUGGGCAGGACCAUUUCAACAGAGAGGCUUAUUUGACUUUAUGCUAGAAGAUGAGGCUUCUGGGUUCAGCCCAGAUGAGAAGCCUACUCCUGAGCUUCCUUCAGUGGACCCCUUGAUACCAGUGUGCCCCUUCCGCUGCCAAUGCCAUCUUCGAGUGGUCCAGUGUUCUGAUUUGGGACUGGAAAAAGUGCCAAAAAACCUGCCCGCUGACACAACCCUGCUGGAUCUGCAAAACAACAAAAUAACAGAAAUCAAAGAUGGAGACUUUAAGAAUCUAAAGAACCUUCAUGCGUUGAUUCUUGUCAAUAACAAAAUCAGCAAAAUCAGCCCUGCAGCCUUUGCACCGUUGGUGAAAUUGGAACGGCUGUAUCUGUCCAAGAACCAGCUCAAAGAAUUGCCAGAAAAAAUGCCCAAAACUCUUCAGGAGCUGCGUGCCCAUGAGAAUGAGAUUACCAAAGUCCGAAAAAAUGUGUUCAAUGGAAUGAAUCAGAUGAUCGUCAUAGAAAUUGGCACCAACCCGCUGAAGAGCUCAGGAAUUGAGAACGGAGCCUUUCAAGGAAUGAAGAGGCUCUCCUAUAUCCGUAUUGCUGACACCAACAUCACCACGAUCCCUCAAGGUCUUCCUACUUCCCUUACUGAAUUGCAUCUUGAUGGCAACAAAAUCACCAAGGUCGAUGCACCUAGCCUAAAAGGAUUGAGUAAUCUGGCUAAGUUGGGACUGAGUCACAACAGCAUCUCCACCGUGGACAAUGGCUCGCUGGCCAAUGUAAUGCAUUUGAGGGAGCUCCACUUGGACAACAACAAACUUCUCAAAGUGCCUGCUGGCCUGGCGGAACAUAAGUAUAUCCAGGUUGUGUACCUUCAUAACAACAAUAUCUCUGAAAUUGGAGCCUACGACUUCUGUCCACCUGGAUACAACACCAAAAAAACUUCUUACUCCGCCUUGAGCCUUUUUAGCAACCCAGUGCAGUACUGGGAGAUUCUGCCAACCACCUUCCGCUGUGUCUAUGUGCGCUCUGCCAUUCAUCUUGGAAACUACAAGUAAUUCCUACAAGGGUCCUCAUUUUUAUACCCUGGCAAAAUCCCAUUUAUGGCAUUGCUAAAAAAAUAAAUAUAUGAAAGCUAGAUACUGGAAAUCUAACUGCAAGGUGGAUGUUUUUGUUUUGUUUCUCACAUGACUUACUAUGCAUAAUCCCAAAUAUGCAGUUUAAAUAAUUGCCUACAAUAAAAAAAUUGCCUGCCAUUUUCAGAGUGCUUUUUUGAAGUACUUUUUGUUAACUGAGCUCCUAUAGAUAUACUUGUUUCACUAGAUGUAAAAUUUGGAGUAAGUAACUAUGUCGACUGUUUGAUAAAGUGUUUUGUUCAUUUACAGAAGGAAUUAAAUGAAAAGAUCAAUCUCUUGUGAUUUAUAAACUAGUUAGUUCCUUUGACAUAAAACUGAGGUUCCAAUGCUAGCUCUGUGCUCAUCCUUUUUAUCAUUGGUCACACCUCAUUUGAAUGUGUGAAGUCAACAAAGGCUAUGUAAAAUUUUUGCUAAUAUAAUUAUUUUGGAAAAAUAAAUUCAAAUAUACAUUCAAAAUUAUUAUUGUAUGAAAGCUUAAUUAUAGUUCAUCUAAAUGCUGUGUAUUCAGAUUUCUGAGAAAAGCAAUCAGUACUUUGCUGGCUAGAAAAGAAGAAACAUUGCUUCCAAGUUAUUGACUAUUGAUUCUACUCAUUUCCCUUGACAUUUGAGUACAGAAACUUAUAUUAUCUACAGUUAGUGGUAAGCUUAUCAGGCACAACACAGAUUUUUCCCCCAUCUUUUUACUGAUUGAUCUAAAUGACUGCAUUUUUUUAGUUGCUAAAUUACUGUUAAUUUUAAAGCUGUCACGAUUAUACCUGGUAUGUUAACACUUAUUAAAUCACCAUUUUCAUGGUAUUUUUCUGUAGGAUUUCGAAUCAUCUCUCGAAAACAAAUAAGCUUAGGGAUAGGCUGACUUAGGCAGAGGGAGUAUUUCUCUGGCAGUCCCUUCAGUUUAGGAGCCCUCGUGGCCUGAUGGAUUUACACAGCUAGCUGCUAACUCCAAACUCAGCAGCUCAGAACCACCAUAUUCUCCGGGGGAGAAAUCUGAAGCUUUCUGUCCCAGGAGAGAUUUGGUCUCAGAAACACUCAGGGGCAGUUCUACUCUGUCUUAUCUGGUUAUUUUGAGUUCAUUAACUCAAUGCUAACAAGCUAGGUUUUAGGUUUUGGACAUUUAUACUAUCAUGAUCUUAUAAGAAAACACGUUAAAUGGUUUAGUUCAUUUAUAAAUGUGGAUAUUUGAUGUGAACUAAUACUAUAAAAUGCUCAAACCAGUUUAAACUAUAAAGGAAAUAAAAUAUUAGAUGAACCUUC